AUGGCUCAUCGAAACAACGGUCUAUGUCGCAAUUUCGCAUCCACGGGCAACUGUCGAUUCGGCGACAGGUCGACGUCCGCAGAGGCCCCAGAAGCCGAGGAGCAAGAAGAUGGACCUGAUCUGUUCUCCGUCGAGGGAUUGGCUACAGGCAACGGGUCGACCCGCGAUGAGCGGUACACGUUAACUCCGAGCGACGCCCAUAAUCAUCUCAAGGCUUUCUUGUGGGAUAAUUUCCGGUUCGAGACUGCCGCAAGGGUCCAAGGGUUUGUGCUCAUUCUCGCGAGUGUCAACGACCGUAACAAAGCUUGGAACUCUGAGAAUGCACAAGCAUUCUUGGAUGCCAUAGUGAGGGGGAAUGCACUGUUACGUAUCGGCGACGUAUUGCGUUUUGAGCCCGUCGACACCGCAAUCGGACAUGGUCGAGGUGUCCUUUCAUUUCAGAAUGGCUACUUUCCGAUUCUUGAAUAUCUUUCAUCCAAUCUAGUACUGAAGACUACUAUGCACAAGAAUAUCAAUCAUCUGUACAGCACAUUGAAGAACAAUUACGAUGUCUUCCGCACAGUUCUACACGCAUCUAUCGGGAAGAUGGUCCAAGCGAAGUCAUGGAAGGAUCCAACAGUGGGUUUACCGCCGAAUCUGCAAAACAGCCUAGAUGGUGUCAUGGUCUUCCACACUGUGUCGACUGUCCUGUAUCAACUCUUCAGCAGAUUCAAGGACGCGGUUCGUGACCAUCCGGACAUAGUCCAGCUGGUCAUGGACCUGGCCACUUGGUUCCAAAGCUGGGCAGAAGAUGUAUCGGCGAACCCACCCCGCUUCAUGGACCCAUUGUCUUCUUCUCCACUGAACGUCCGGAAACUCACCAUCUCUCGGCUUGACGAAGAGAUCACACGCUUGAAGACGAUCGUGCAGCGUGAGUCUGAGACAGCGGAGAGACUCAGGCGACCUGCGACGAGAGCGGUCUUGAGCCCGGCGCAAAGGCGAGAGGCCUUGUACUCGCAACUGGCUCAGACCUAUGAUCCGCCUGGUUCUCUUCGCCCUGGAGGAGCCAGGCAUGACAACGACAAGGACAGCAUCGCUGGUAUUCGCAUUGCUCCCACACAUGGCGAGCUGUUAUGUCCGAUUGCUGCGUAUCUCCCUGUCUUUUUGCCCAACGCACCACAUCACCUCCCGGCAAGUUCAAUGGAGAGACAUUUGGACAUACAGUUCCGCUUGCUUAGGGAGGAAUUGAUGCAAAGGCAGCAGCUCCCUACAAAACUAGAAGAGAUUCUCAGAACGAACGGUGGCGCUUAUCGGACAACUGGAUACGAUUCGGUCUUCUUCCAGGUCUACACAGGCGUCGAAUUUUCACCCGUUAAGGCCGAGCGUCGAAACCUUACGGUCGGCCUCAACCUCGACACGCCUAAUCAUCGAAGUGCAAAGGACAAGGACUGGAAGAAGCGCGUCGAGUACUGGGAGCAUAGCAAACGCCUUCAGAGCGGCACCCUCGUCGCCCUCCUCAUCAUUUCUCAUGGCAGCUGUAGGAUCUUUCUCGGCGUUGUCAGCUCCUUCUCUGGCGACAUCGCCGAGUCCGCGAAAGCAAGUACGGAGCGGAUCCAAAUCCGCAUUUCAUUCUUCGAUGCUGAGGUCGAGCUCAUGGCCCUGCGGAAGGAGGCGUUAGCGACUCAAACCAUCGAACCGACCGAGAUCCCGUUCGCGCGCUACAUCGCUCACAGUGGUUCCUUGAACACUGUGCCCUUAAAUCCGCCACGCUACGCCAUGCGGCCUGGUUUCACCUACAAGCUCGAUUGUCUUGCAAAACCCGGCCACGGUAGCCGCAUACAAGCCCUGGAUAUCUUACGGCCUGGUACCAAUGACAUCGCCCGCAGACAGCUUCGUGAACACAGCAUUCUCGACCCUAGUCAAAUCGAUGCUGUCAUCAACACUUUCAACCGUGAAGUAUCUUUGAUUCAAGGACCGCCGGGGACAGGAAAGAGCUUCACGGCAAAGGAAAUCCUACGAGUUUUGUUCGCCAGUAAGAUCAGACCGAUUGUCCUCAUUGCAUUCACCAAUCACGCCCUCGACCAUAUGCUAACCUCGGUUCUCGAUGCCAAGAUCACCACCAAACUUGUUCGUCUCGGCUCUCGCUCCUCUGACGAGCGCAUUGCAGAGUACACGCUGGACAAGCUAGAGAAACAACUUGAGGAACAGAUGCAGACAGUGAUGGAGUCUAUCCAACUUCCUACUCUAACCUGGGCGAAGAUAGAGGAGUAUUUGAUGAUACACCAUCCAGAGCAUGCUGAGCGCUUAGAAAGCCCUCCCUACUGGGUUGCUGCUCUUACGGAGCGACUAUGGACAGAGGAGGACGUCAACGGCGAAUGGGUCACCCAGAAAGCGAAGGGGAAGAAGAUCGACGAUCAUCUGUCACGCACACUCUAUGGGUUGUGGAGGAACGGUACCGAUAUCGACUUCAUCAAGCCGUUCCCUGUACCAGUAGUACAGCAGGCCAGUGCCAGUGUAUGGAAUAUGUCACAGGACGAGCGGACACUGUUGGCGACGGAAUGGGAAAAAGGAUCCGCGAAUUGGCGUAUAAUUCUCAUUUGGACGUAUAAUGACCUACGCGACAGGUAUAAGGAAGCAUGUCAAGAAUACAACGACAUGAAGGACGAGAACAUAUCACCAAGGGUCCUCAUGGUCGAAGAGGCCGGACAAGUCCUUGAGGCGCAUGUCCUCACCUCGCUUGUCUCAUCAGUACACCAUUUGAUAUGCAUCGGGGACCCCCAGCAACUGCGACCGAAUCUUGCGACAUAUGCCUUAUCCAUGGAUAGCGAACGCGGCAAGGAGCUCUUCAAGUUCGACAGGUCAAUGAUGGAGAGGCUCGCCGAUGGAGGCCUUCCGAUGUCACAAAUCAAUGUGCAGCGCAGAAUGCGUCCGGAGAUAUCUCAUUUCAUCCGUCGUCCAGAACUAUCCUCACGUCUCGGGCAUGCAGAAGACGUCUUGUUCUUCACCCAUACGAACAAGGAGAACGGAUCGGAUGACUCCGAGUCGGUCUCCAAGUGCAACGACUUUGAGGUCGAGAUGAUCCGAGAUCUCGUCUUGUAUCUCUUGCGGCAAGGUGUCUACAACGGCGCUGGAGAUAUCGCUGUCCUCUGUGCAUACCUGGGACAGCUGACAAAAGUCCGCGCCGCUCUGCGAGACCUCAAGAUCGCUGUCUCAGUAGAUGAGAGAGAUCAGGAACAGCUCGCUCGACAGGGAUUAGAAGAAGAGGCGGAGUACGAGGAGGUGCUCGUUGCGAAGCAUGUUCGACUGGGAACAGUCGACAUCUUCCAGGGUCAAGAGGCCAAGGUCGUGAUCGUCUCGCUUGUGCGAAACUCCGGUACAUAUGAGACGGGAUCUGCAUCCAUUGGAUUCUUGAAGGUAUGUAACUUCGUCUUGGAGGCUUUAGUGCUCGGUCUGAAGGUGCCUCAUUUGACGUGCCACUAG